AUGACGCUGCGUGUGACGUUUUGUACUGUACUUUUGCUGCUAUCGGGCGUCCAGGCUUAUCAGGACCUUCUUAUUUCGGGUGAAAACGUCGAAAUACCCGAGGAUGUGUCAGUUGGUAGCACAGUGGUGCGGCUCAGAGAUUUUCUUGAUGCCAGCUUUAGUUCUGCAAAAGACGGCAAUGGGACGUUUUGGUCGGUAAACAUCACCACAGGGGACGAUUCGGGGCGGUUUGGGUUUCGUGCGGAGAACUUGGCGUUGAUCGUUGCGGCUCCGCUGGACUACAAGUUAGAGCCGCGGUACAACCUGACGGUGGAGUUGACUGAUAACGGCAACGAUAACGUUCUGUACGUGACCCUUGUCAUCGUAGUCAUGGACGUGCAGGGAUACCCGCCAUUCUAUAACAAACGGUGUGAAACGCCAGUCCUUCCGGGCAGAGAGAGCGACAGGAUCCUCGGGGAUCAUACCGUACUCAGCAGCGAUGACGGGUUUUAUGCGUCUUUUAACGGAGAGAGAGUGGCGUCGUACAGAGACUAUCUUCAGUACGGUAUGCCUAUGACGUACGCAGCUAAUUUCGUCUUCAACGGUGAUUGUUCCGUAAGAUUCGUCGGUAGCGCAAAGGAAUUCACAAAUUCAGACGAGACUUUAAUAGCUGCAGUGCUUCAAGGACCACGACAACAAGGCAGGAUCGAACUCAUAUGUCAUGACCGAGAUGGAAGGAGUAAAGGGUACAUCACUAUAUUGGACAUUUCCCUCGACGACGGCUUGCCUCAAUGGGCGCAAAGUCGUCAGUUCCAAACGGACGAAGGUGCCCGAUUUUUCUUUAUCAUAGAGUUACUUGAGAUGUGGUCCACAUCACCAUACUGGAUACGAUGUGGCGGCAACGUGGAGUCUCUCAGUGGAGACGGGACCAAUCUGUUUGAGUGGACAUUUCACUACAACGUAACAGGAUGUCCCGAGGGCUGGUAUGGUGCGUACUGUGACAAUGAUUGCGUUUGUAAGAACGGUGCCCGUUGCCAUGGCUUUAACGGUGCGUGUGAGUGCCGUCCGGGCUGGAGAGGACGAGCCUGUGACGUCUCCUGGCCUGAGGUCGUCAUCAUUGCGUCACCUGGCGAGUCUGCCGUGAAGUACAUCGGUACCAAUCUGACUUUGACCUGCCUGGCCCCACACAUCCACGUAGCAAAUAUGACAUGGGUUUAUCGAGCAGGAAAAAGACAUGACGACACAAAGGUUAUUAAAGAAGGGACAGUACAGAACAGUUCCAUCAUCUUUCAGCCGAUCCUAGAAUCAGUUAACGGCAGAUAUAGUUGCAUGGUACAGGACGAAGAUGGUGAACUGUUUAAUGCGACUUUCACUCUAAACGUCACGGAAUGCCGACCCAACUAUUAUGGGGAAGAUUGCAGCCAAGUGUGUGACUGUGAGUACGGAGGGACGUGUGACAGGUGGGAGGGUUGUCUGUGUCCUCCGGGCCGUCAUGGAGACAGGUGUGAGCACAUAUGCGCACCUGGCACAUUCGGGUGGAACUGUAGCAUGAACUGCAAUUGUGAAAACAACGCCAGGUGUGAUCCAGUCAAUGGCAGCUGCAUUUGUGCUGAAGGACAGUCGGGUGAGUUUUGUCAGAUCGUCUCCAUUCCAGGUAAUAAUCAAGUCGUCGUUGUAGUGUUGGCGUCCGUUAUCCCGACGAUUGCUAUUGUCGGUUGUAUCGUGACUGGAGUCCUGGUAAAACGACAUCACCGUCGCCCAAGAAGUCCGGAACACCCAACAGUGGACUUAGAAAUGACGCCCCUCAUGGAAACCUUUUCAUCAUGGGAAGUAGAGAAAGAGGACAUUCGUCUCGAGCACAUGAUCGGUGAGGGAGAGUUCGGCCAUGUCGUGCGGGGAAGACUGCGCGUGCCCGAAGGAUACGAGGUUUUGGUGGCCGCCAAAAGUAUCCGGCCUGACCGCAUGACAGCCUCUGCUGUCCGUGACUUUCGCCGCGAAAUGACCAUCCUCACCAGGAUCCACGAGGACAAAGAUGGACACCCGAAUGUGGUGAGGCUUUAUGGGGUCGUGACUAAGUCUGAGCCUCAGUACAUUCUUGUAGAGUACGCGAGCCAUGAGGACCUGCGGCGGUACCUGUGGAGUCUGCGUGAACAUCUCAAGACCACGGGGAAUAGCAAACUGCUGGAACGGCUAGGUUUUGCUUGUGACGUUGCCAGUGGCUUAUCGGAGCUGGCACGUCUGAAGAUCGUGCACCGGGACAUCGCAGCUCGUAAUGUCGUCAUCAGCGACAGGAAGGUGGCCAAGAUUGCGGAUUUCGGGCUGUCGCGCGAUGUUUAUGUUUCGUCGGCGUACGAACGCACCAACCUGGGCGGGGAGGAGGAACUGUUGCCGCUGAAGUGGAUGGCCGUGGAGUCGUUACGGGACGGGGUGUACACGUGCGAGAGUGACGUGUGGUCGUACGGCGUGCUGCUUUGGGAGAUCGCCAGCUUUGGGGAGGAGCCGCGCUAUGCUGGUGGUCCGAUGCACCCGGACGUGUGCACACUGUUGGAGCUGCUGAGGAAAGGAGUCCGCCUGCAGCAGCCGGAGAACUGUCCCAAGUCUGUGUACCGCAUCAUCAGGUCCUGCUGGAUAGUCGACCCAUCGAAGCGACCGACGCCUGAUGAACUGUUCCAGAAGAUAGACCAAAUGAGGCCUCAAAGACAAGCUGCGAUCCUGGUCAAUAGGAUUUUUCCCAAAGAAGACGUGAUCCCAGCCGGACAAAUUAACAGCAAGAAGAAACAGAAAGUGGCGUCCAAGAGGAAAGGAUUCACCUCGUCAUCAGCGAGAGGAAAUGUGAUGAUGCUGCGUGUGGCGUUCUGUACUGCACUUCUGCUGCUGUCUGGCUUCCAGGCUUAUCAAGACCUUUUCAUUUCGGGUGAAAACGUCGAAAUACCCGAGGAUGUGCCAGUUGGUAGCAAAGUGGUGCGGCUCAGAGAUUUUCUUGAUGCCAGCGUUAAUUCCACAGAUAAACGCAAUGGGACGUUUUGGUCGGUAAACAUCACCGCAGGGGACGGUUCGGGACGUUUUGGGGUUCGUGCGGAGAACUUGACGUUGAUCGUGGCGGCUCCGAUGGACUACAAGUUAGAGCCGCGGUACAACCUGACGGUGGAGCUGACUGAUAACGGCAACAAUAACGUUCUGUACGUGAUCAUUGUCAUCGUAGUCAUGGACGUGCCGGGAUACCCGCCAUUCUAUAACAAACGGUGUGAAACGCCAGUCCUUCUGGGCAGAGAGGGCGACAGGGUCCUCGGGGAUUAUACCGUACUCAGCAGUGAUGAGGGGUUUUAUACGUAUGUUAACGGAGAGAUUAUUUACUCGUACGCUUAUGACUAUCUUCAGACCGAUUUGCCAAUGACGUACCCGGCUAAUCUCGUCUUGAAAGGUGAUUGUUCCGGAAGAUUCGUUGGAAGCACAAGCGCACUUAUAGACGACUUGUCUCCACUCAUCGUGGUGCUUCAAGGACAACAAGGCAGAGCCGAAUUCAUAUGUCGGGACCGAGAUGGGAGGAACAAGGGGAACAUUACUGUAUUGGACAUUUCCCUCGAUGACGUCGACUUGCCUCAAUGGGCACAAAGUCGUCAGUUCCAAACGGACGAAGGUGAUAGUUUUUUCUUUAUAUUUCAGUUGAUUGAAAUAUGGUCCACAUCAUCAUACUGGAUACGAUGUGGCGGUAACUUCAGGCCCCCCGUUGCGGACGGGGCCUGGCUGGUGGAAUGGGCAUUUCACUACAACGUAACAGGGUGUCCUGUGGGAUCUUACGGUGUGUACUGUGACAAGGAUUGUGUUUGUCAGAACGGUGCCCGUUGCCAUGGCUUUAACGGUGCGUGUGAGUGCCGUCCGGGCUGGAGAGGACGAGCCUGUGACAUCUCCUGGCCUGAGGUCGUCAUCAUCGCGUCACCUGGCGAUUUAGUCGUGAAGUACAUCGGUACCAAUCUGACUUUAACCUGCCUGGCCCCACAUAUCAACGUAGCAAAUAUGACAUGGGCUUAUCAAGCAGGAAAAAGACGUGAUGACACAAAUGUCAUUGAAGAAGGGAAAGCACGGAACAGUUCCAUCAGCUUUCAGCCGAUUCUAGAGUCAGCUAACGGCAGGUAUAGUUGCAUGGUACAGGACGAAGAUGGUGAACUGUUUAAUGCGACUUUCAUUCUAAACGCCACGAAAUGCCGACCCAACUAUCAUGGGGAAGAUUGCAGCCAAGUGUGUGACUGUGAGUACGGAGUGACGUGUGACAGGUGGGAGGGUUGUCUGUGUCCUCCGGGCCGUCAUGGAGACAGGUGUGAGCACACAUGCGCACCUGGCACAUUCGGGUGGAACUGUAGUAUGAACUGCAAUUGUGAAAACAACGCCAGGUGUGAUCCAGUCAAUGGCAGCUGUAUUUGCGCUGAAGGACAGUCGGGUGAGUUUUGUCAGAUUGUUUCCAUUUCUGGUAAUAAUCAAGUCGUCGUUGUAGUGUUGGCGUCCGUUAUCCCGACCAUUGCUAUAAUCGGCUGUAUCGUGACUGGAGUCCUGGUAAAACGACGCCACCGUCGCUCAAGAAGUCCAGAACACCCAACCAUGGACUUAGUCUUAGAAACAUUUUCAUCAUGGGAAGUAGAGAAAGAGGACAUCCGUUUAGAACACAUGAUCGGUGAGGGAGAGUUCGGCCAUGUCGUACGGGGAAGACUGCGCGUGCCCGAAGGAUACGAGGUUUUGGUGGCCGCUAAAAGUAUCCGGCCUGACCGCAUGACAGCCUCUGCUGUCCGUGACUUUCGCCGCGAAAUGACCACCCUCACCAGGAUCCACGAGAACAAAGAUGGUCACCCGAAUGUGGUGAAGCUUUAUGGGGUCGUGACUAAGUCUGAGCCGCAGUACAUCCUUGUAGAGUACGCGAGCAAUGAAGAACUGAGGCGGUACCUGUGGAGUCUGCGUGAACAUCUCAAGACCACGGGGAAUAGCAAACUGCUGGAACGGCUAGGUUUUGCUUGUGACGUUGCCAGUGGGUUAUCGGAGCUGGCACGUCUGAAGAUCGUGCACAGGGACAUCGCAGCUCGUAAUGUCGUCAUCAGCGACAGGAAGGUGGCAAAGAUCGCUGAUUUCGGGCUGUCGCGCGACGUUUAUGUUUCCUCUGCGUACAAACGCACCAACCGGGGCGGGGAGGAGGAGCUGUUGCCGCUGAAGUGGAUGGCCCUGGAGUCGUUACGGGACGGGGUGUACACGUGCGAGAGUGACGUGUGGUCGUACGGCGUGCUGCUGUGGGAGAUCGCCAGCUUUGGGGAGGAGCCGCGCUAUGCUGGUGGUCCGAUGCACCCGGACGUGUGCACACUGUUGGAGCUGCUGAGGAAAGGAGUCCGUCUGCAGCAGCCGGAGAACUGUCCCAAGUCUGUGUACAAGAUCAUCAGGUCCUGCUGGAUAGUCGACCCAUUGAAGCGACCGACGCCUGAUGAACUGUUUCAGAAGAUGGACCAAAUGAGGCCACAAAGACAAGCUGCGAUCCUGGCCAAUAGGAUUUGAUAACUUUUCUUUCAGUCCAUUCUCUGCCUUGUACAGGUUUCAUAAACCAACCAAUCAAUAUACAUCUAAGCCAAUGAACCCUCUGAAUCUAUUGAAAUUCUAAAACAAAUCAUUGUAAAGUGGAUAUAUGGAUAUAUGUGGGCACCCACAUCUAGAUUUUCAGGUAAUUUUCUAUUAGUACCUGGGCACAGGUGCCAAACCAAACAUUUUUAGUCUGAAAUAGCAAAAGGGUCCCAAUAUAAACCGCCCUGAAUGAGUAUAUUUAGAAAGUUUUGAUGAAUUAGAAGUUCUGUGCGCAUAUAUCAUUGGCGCUCGUAGUCCAAAUUGCGGGCAUGGUAAAAAUAAGAAAUUUAUGACAUAAUUAUGGGUUAAUUAUGCGUCAUAGUCUGCCACCUAGACACACAUGUACUGGCACCUUUGUAAAUAUUUUAUUUAGAAUUUUUUUUUCUGUUGGUCCUUAUUACUAUUAGAAUGCAUUGUUUUCGUCAAAUGUUUUUUUUUACUCUGAAGGUUAUGUGGUGUAUAUCUCAAGAACCGCUGGAAGGAUUGGAAUAGGUUUUGGUAGGUGGGUACAUGGGUGUGUGGUGAUGGUGCAGGUUGAGUUUGGGCCUCCUGUUGGUUGACCUUGGUACUGCAGUAGCACGUUUUGUAUUAUGUUUUUGCACAUGGACUUGCUGUGGUGUUGAUUGUUAUGUGGUUGAUAGGUGUAAAGUUGAUGCUUAUUUGGUGUAAAUUUCGACCUGCUAGCUGUUUGCUGUGGAUCUGUAGGGUUGUUUGUUUUGUGGAUGUUUGCUGUUUUCGGCGAAUUUCAUAUUAACCGUGGAUGGGUUGCCGUUAUAUUUGUAACGUGGUUAGUUGUUGGGGAUCCAAUCUUGGCUUCGCAAUUUUUGGUCUUUUGGUGGUUGACUGCAGUACUCCAGCAUGUACUUUACUUUAACAUUUUUUGUAUGUUUUAACUGCCCCGUUGUAAGAAGUGGUCUAGUCCUGUGAUAGAUUAACAAGAGUGACACCAAGGGUCAGAGUUGCUGAAAUAUAGGUCAGAAAUAGAGGUCAACGCGCUAGAUUAUAUAUCAGUUACAGUCUUGAGUUUGGAGGAAAUUGUUACAAUGUUUUAUAUGGAUUGUAUAUUAUACGUGUUCGGGUGUACAUGUCCGACACCACAUUUUUCUCAUAUUUAGACCAAGAAAAAGGUCAGUUGUUUUAUUGAUAUGUUUAUAGGGGCCGUGUAUUAUACGUGCGAGAAGGGGUAAACAUGUAAUACAUUACAUUUCUCAUUCAUCUACAUGUGUUACCGACCGAGUGGACACAAUAACAGAGUUCUGACCCAAAAAAUAAGCGGCUGCUCGAAUACAUGUUGCAGUUAGCGAUGGGACAUUCCGUUUUAGCCCAUGUGAUCUCAAACUUUAGAUUGGUGAAAGUUUGUUUGUAACUGAGAAAAAUUAAAGAACAAUGUUCGAUAGCCGCGCGCUAGGUCGGUGGUACACAGUUGUGGUGGCAGCGAAAAAGGGCCCAUUGUUGUGCGUGAAUAACAACAUUUUGUAAUUGUCACAAACAGACAGAGAUGUAAACAUAUCAACUGCAAAUUAUGCAAACUAUGACUUAAUUUGUAUAUGACGGAGUUCUGUAAUCCCAGUGUUUUAUGAUAGUUUACCUAAAUGUACUCAAGGCCAAAUAUAAAAUCAACAGAUUCUAAUUAUGUAAAGGAGGUCCUCAUUUGCAAAAGUGCUAUGAUUCCUAAGAAGGAAAUGUUUGGAAUUUUAUAUACUAUAUAUUCUAUAUAUAUUGAAUUUUUAUACAAUAUAUUAUUUGCUAAGGUAUGUUUGAACGUCACUGAAUCAGACACAAACUUUCAAAUAUAACGCAUACUGCAGUGGGUAAAUCUCGGUAAAGAUUGUUAGAAGUUGUAAAAAAUGUAUACGGUCACACUCAUAGACCGGUUUUUAUCCAAGGAAAAUGUGGAUAUGCAAAUAUAAGUAUACGCCUGGGGUCCAAACGGACCCAAUACAGUCGGAUUAGGAUUACGUAUACUUAAUCUAGAUCUAUGCUUACUACAUUACUCAAGAUAGUAUUUCAUGUAAUAUGCAUUAUUAAUAUCAUUUACAACUUGAUUUGAUUUAUUUGAUUUGAUAAAUGGUGACCGGUUUAUACGCCUUUAGCUUCUUACCGCUCUUGCACAGUUGUAGUGCCAUUUCUUAUUGUUUGCAUUUAUUGUAAUCGGUAUUUGGUUGUGCAAAAUAAACAAUAAACAAGUCAGCAGAUGAAGUUUGAA